CUUUCCAACCUGACCCUAAUCCCCAGACUUGUGAUGUGCCAGGAGUUAAGAAUUCCAUGUGGCAUCUCUGAUAUCUCCCCCUAUGGGUGUGAAGCCAUUAGCUGCUGCUACGAUGGGCGGGAUUGUUACUAUGGGAAAAGUGUGACCAUCCAGUGCACCAAAGAUGCUCAGUUCAUUUUGGUAGUGGCCAGAGACGCCACUCUACCCAGUCUAGACAUUGGGUCGAUUUCAAUGUUGGGAGAUGGUCCUGAAUGCUCACAGAUUGACUCCAAUUCUGCUUUUUCCAUCUACCAGUUUCCAGUGAGUGCCUGCGGUACCAUCGUUGCGGAGGUGGCUGGUAAAAUCAUCUAUGAGAAUAGGAUGACCUCCUCUUAUGAAGUUGGAGUGGGGCCACGAGGUGCCAUAACCAGGGACAGCAGCUUUGAUUUACUCAUCCAGUGUAGAUACACCAGCACCAGUUUGGUGGAGAGUAUGAUUGCAGAAAUGCUACCAUUGCGGAGUUCUCCUUUCUCAGUCGCUGCUUUGGGUCCCAUCAACGUGCGGCUGAAGUUGGGUAAUGGACAUUGUUUCACGCAGGAUUGUAAUGAAGAGGAUGUGGCCUACAACUCUUUCUAUUCGGACUUCGACUACCCUGUGAACAAAAUCUUGAGGGAGAACGUGUAUGUGGAGGUUCAGCUUAUGGACAGGACUGAUCCCAAUCUUGUCCUGAACCUUGGGCGCUGUUGGACCACCACCACUGCCUAUCCGCAUAGCGAUCCUCAGUGGGACAUCAUUGUCAACGGGUGUCCAAACGUUGACGAUCGCUACAUAGCUACCCCGCUUCCUGUCUUGCCUGGCGAUGGUGUGAAGUUCCCGGGUCACCACAGGCGCUUUAUAUUCAGAAUGUUAACCUUUGUUGACCACAACUCACUACAACCCCGGAGUGAACAGGUGUACAUUCACUGUAGCACAUCUGUAUGUAACAGGGCUUCUGGCCAAUCCUGUGAGCCUCGAUGUUACAGGACGAAGAGAGAUGUGUCAUCUGUGAGCCAGAUGAAGGAGGAAACAAGGACUGUGGUUUCUGCUGGACCUCUGAUUAUGGUCAAACCCUGGAGAGGACAUAGAAGAUAUGGCAAUUUGCUACAACCUUUUGGAAAAAAUGCAUUGUCUCGCUAUUAGUGGCAUGGGACGACCAGUCUUGUGUGUUUUUUUUUUUCCCCACAUUGUGUCUCUGGUAAUGAUUUCCUGUAAUCAUAACAAUGUUCAACACAGGACCGAUGCGCACGCCGAUUUUUAAACGAGGUGAGUUCGAUGAACAGCUCUAAGGAAAGGCCAGAAGAAACACUGUGAUGGUUUCACUAGCAGAUUCAAAUAAAUCCAGUGUUUCCCAUCUUUA